UUUACACUUAACGUGACUUUGUCUUUUAGCCUUUCACUUCCGUGAAAGACGACCUCUUUUUCUCUUUUACAUCUGCUACGUGAUACCUAUUCUAUCCAUCCAUACACACGUACAGCAGACCAAAAGGAGGACACAUCGUUUUCAUUUCACCAUGGCUCCUAGCGCGCCAUCGAGUAGUACGGCAGGGCCAUCGACGGCGACUGGGAGCAUCGAGCGUAUCUCUGGCGUGUCAUUCAGCAAGGUCGUUGCCGGAACGAAUGAUAGGUAUACCGAAUAUUGUGCUGUCGGUGCCCCUCCCAUCGGCCUAGGUAGUCCAGGAGACGUCUAUAUUGACAAAACACCGAAACACCAUGUUCUAUAUGGCUUCACCACCAAAUGGGAGCACUGGAAUGGACCGCAGAAGAAAAAAGAGUCGGAUCUUUUUCGACAUCCAAAGUACCCGAACAUUGUUCUUUGGGCGACGGCCGGGAAGCGCGGUUGGAUAUCGCUCGAAGUCUUGAAGAACAGAAGACAGACUGAUACGGAGAAUAAUAUCCUCGCUGAACAAAUGAAGGCAGAUGAAAAGAACAAAGUUACAGGGACGCCCUUUCAAGCGGAUAAUGUUCAAAGACAACCAGCCCCUUCUGCUCCACAGUUUUCUCAAUCCGUUGGCCCUGCUAUGGUGAAGAGUGUUCCGCGAGAAACGCGACGUGUAUCAACGGGUACGGCCUCUUACCCUUCGCCGGCUCUGAGCACUUGGCUGGCGGGCCUUGACGACCCCAGCGCUAACGAAUCAAGUCCCAUGCUCCCCGCCGUCUUCACCGAAUCUCCCAUGCCUCAGGGUACGGGUAUCUCUCCAAUGUAUCCCACGCCCUCGCCUAUGCCUCCCUCCAAAUCUCCGAUGCUGGUCACAGAUUCGCCUAUGUCCUGCACAUCGUCCACCCCCAUUGCUCAGCCAGUACCUCCGUCCACUCCAAAUAAUGCGCCUCCGCAUAUUGAUCUAGCGAAGAUCAAUAGCUCAUUUUCGUCGUCAAAGUCGAGAACGAACGCAUCGUCUUCAUCAAUACCAAAGCCAUCGACCCCCCGUCAACCUGGGGUAUCUUCGCCUUCAACCCAGGCUAUACCCAAGUCUCAGCGCAAGGUUCUAGGUGGCCCACCCGGACCCCAAACUGCUAGAACAGGUUCCUCUCGUCCGACCCCAUUAUCAUCGACCGGGCCGCAGCGCGAAUGUCCUACCUCCAAUCUUCCAGGGUCGACAAAGAAAAGAAAGCGCACGCGAUCGCCCAUCUCCGAAGCUGAAGCACCUCUUCAAACAUCCCCAAGUUCAUCGUCAUUGUCUAAGAUGGAAAAUAUACCAAUGCAUGAUGAGGGUCGCUCUCGACCCCCAAAGGCUGUCAAAACCACGCAUCAUACCUCUUGCGUCGUUAGCCCAAGAAAGGAAUCGGCAUCUGCGUCUAGGGUUACCACCCAAUGUUCGGUGGAGAGGAAGGCUUCUCAACCCAAGAAACUGCCAGCCGUUGUCAUUGAUCUAACUCUCAGUGAUGAUGAUGAUGAUGUGCCUGUCCCCGUGCUGUCUCCUACUGCGCUGUCGCCGCCUCAGAGGGAAUCUCCCGCCGCACCAUCUCCUCCACCAAGAGUGUCACCGGAAGUACCGUCGCCCCCCUUCAAGGAUUUCGCCAGUAGCUCCAUCACCUCCCCUACCUGCCAUAUCCUACUUUGGAAGAUGCUUCCGCACAGGAAUCAGAUGUGCCUAUGGGUGAUAAUAACGUCCUUGAAACACUGGAAGCUUCAGUAUCCAGAGUCUGAAGAGAGUGAAACUGCACCACUACUCCCUGUCGAUUUUUCCGAAGAUGUUACUGUUUACGGUACCCUCGGUUUCAAGGACACAUCACAUCCAUGCCAUAUUCCAGGUGAACUGAGGUGAUGGUAUGUCGUCUUUGCCAAGAAGAUCAAGCAGUAUUCGAUCUUGACACAUCCUUCCAUGAUUUGGCAAGCCAUUGUGAAACAAGUCACGGCGA